AUAAUCGCAAUAUUCAAAAAUCAAAAUUGCAAAAAUUUUAAUUUUCUUUUCCUCCAGAAAAUUUACAAUUUUUAACUGAAGAGUAGUGAAGAGGAAGAGAACGAGACUAACGAGAGUUUUCUCAAUAGAAUGAUUGUUUUCUGCAGCCUGAAUGAAUCUUGAAUGAAUAAACUGCUCCUUCAAAUUGUAUGUAAAAUUGUAAAUAUUGUAAAUUCAUAAAUUAGUAUCAAAAUUAAAAUGUUGAACGAAAUUGAUGUGAAUCAAGAACCAGCGAAUAUGUAUCAAGCUGGAUUAAUUAUCGGCGCCCUAAAAACCCAGUUGGCUGAACGUGAAAAAACUAUCCUGAUUCUUCGUGUGCGCUCUCGUAUUGAGGAGUUAGAAAAACGUUUCCUCAAGCCACACAUACUUCAUUACACUAGGCACCAAAAGUGGACUCACAUAUUAACUGCGGAUGUAACAACCUUACGAAGUAGUGCCGAACUGGUUCGAUUUCGGAAUCUAGUGACGAUUGGUGUAAAUGAGUUUAUUACAGUUGUAUGUAAUUUGUACGGCGAUUUUAGAGAUUUGGCCGUUCGUGGUAUAGCGUAUCCUAUUUCAUAUAACGAAGAUUCCGUCGCCGAAAUGUUACAGAAGUUCGGCAUGGUACCGGAUAGGUCGAAAAUCAACGCCGUUAUUACUUUACUUACUCCUAUUCCGUAGAUGAAUGAUUUAUUCGCAUUUUAUUAAUUUUUUUAUUAUAAUUUCAUUAAAGCAUUACCCUAGGGCGGCUCCCUGAAAGACUGAAUGUGUGUAUGUUACCUAUAAUAGUAUACCUACCUCAUUUUUUCCAUGAUUGUUCUACACUAAUUAUUCAAGUACAUAAUAAAAUUUUGUUUCUUUCG